UACACUCGGCUGAAGCAGCUUGUGCUUUGUGUCCGCCUUGUUUCCUGUGUUCUCGCUACAAUCGUGUGAUUAUUUCGCAACACAUGAUGAUCGUUAAUGUGCAGGAGCGUUGAUUCGUUCAUCAAUAGUAGCACCACGUACGCGUCCAGAUAGGUGAUUAAAUGUUACGAUACUAGCUGCAUCUGCCACUGCACUUUAGCCAAACCGAAUGAGUCAAUCCGGCAGACGAAGAAAGCCUUUACGACCCAAAUGUGUCUCAGCGUCACGUUUCUGCGUGCGAUAGCUAAUUCCGUAUCCGCGUGCAACCACCGCCGAUCGACACCGAUUGUGGGAGUUUUUGUGAUUGGCCGCUCUAAAACACGGCAGGCCCCAAACCGGGUCCAUAAUUUAUCGUCUUCCCAUGUCGGGCAACAUCACCGUUCGGAUCGGAAAUCUUAAAUCACCAGCUGGUUGGGCCGAUCACGGCUCCAUCGUGGACGGUGCCUGGUUCAGUCGCCCGGAACAAUUGGAGGAGCAAGUGUCACUGGAGGCGUCGUCAUCGUCGGCGCGAACGGAGCGCUUUGGAAUUGCAUUUAUCACGCGAAAUCAUACACCGCCGAUCGGUUGCAGUUAUUGCAUGGCUCAUGCCAGCUGUGGUUUGCCCCGUUGCACCAUCAUAAUCAAUUUUGCUCCGAACAAACGAACGGAAUGCCUUCGAGUGUCAGAAAGCCUUACAGCACCAGCCUGCCCCAUGGGAGCAUGGGACUCUUCUCCAGCUGAACGACUGAGCCCGGGCCCAGUCGAUGGCAUGAUGGAACAAUAA